CGGCCUUCCCACGUCUUGCAACGUUAAGACUCAAACCCGGGUUUUACACUUGAUGAGGGAGCGCCUCAACCAUGUCUUGAGCACCCUUCCCAAAAUACCAACAAAGAAAACAAAAACAGAAACAGAAACAGAGCAGCUAUAUUCCUCGGUUAAUAGGAGUUCCUCUGUCUCUCUUUCCCAUAGCACAAUUACAAGCUGUUUGUCGGUUCACCAUGAAGAAGUAUUAUAUCCAUCAUGAUUCCAAUGGUUGGCUACUAAAAUGGCUAUGGGUUGUGAUGCUUAUCAUUUGUUGUUGCUGUUAUGGACUGUGUUUAGGUUGCUUGGAAGAAGAAAAGAACACUCUCCUUCAAAUAAGAGACUCCAUGUUGUUCUCUAUGGACAAUCAACCUGUGUCAUUUUUCUCGAGCUUGGAUAUCGAUGACUGUUGUCGAUGGGAUGGGGUUGAUUGUAGCCUCACGACCAACCGUGUUACUAGAAUCUUCUUACACUAUACUCGUGACAACAAUAAUUAUAAUGCGGUCCAAUUGUCAUGGUCUCUCGAUUUGAGUUUGAUUGCACAGCUGCAGGAAUUGCAACAUUUGGAACUUCGAGGCAGUAGAAUCGGUAGUUUGGUCGCCCCUGAAGCAUUGUGCAGACUGCCUACCCUACAACAGCUGGAUCUAUCAGACAAUUUAAUUGAAGCCGAUAUCCAUCCGUGUUGGAGCAACAUCUCAUCACUCCGCACUCUAAUCUUGUCAAAGAAUCAAUUUCGGGGAAAUCUCUCUUCAAUUUUCACAAAUCUAACAAAUAUUGACCACAUUGAUGUUUCUUAUAACCAUUUUCAAGGUCCAGUGCCAUUGUCAAGUUUCGCUCAUCUCUCCAAACUCCGUUUUCUCGACCUUUCCUAUAACCCAUUAAUACAAGUCAACACUGAAACUCCAGCUUGGCAACCUUCAUUCCAGUUACAACAUUUAUUCUUGGCAGGCUGUAAUCUGAACCAUCAAAGUAAUGAUCAUGGUAUCCCAAGUUUCAUUUUGACCCAGCAUACUCUGCAAACCCUUGAUUUGUCUAGCAACUCCCUCACAGGGUCCAUUCCUGUUUGGAUGCUCCACAAUGUUUCGUCUGUCUUGAGGCUGAGAAGCAACAUGUUUAGCGGUAAUUUUCCUCAAGGUUACAGAAAUGAUGCGUCCCCUCUUGUUGAAUUAGACAUUUCGUGCAAUCACUUUGAGGGGCCAUUGCCUUUGAACAUCGACACUCUUUUCCCAAAGCUAUACAAUUUUAAUGUAUCAACCAAUAGAUUGAACGGUACCAUUCCUCCAUCAUUGGGCGAAUUAACAAAUUUACAUCAUCUGGAUUUGUCCAACAAUCAGUUGGUUGGAAAAGUACCACGACACCUGACAGAAAACUCUUCCUUGUGGUACCUAAAUCUGUCGAACAAUAGCUUACAAGGCGAGUUGCUUCCACAAGGAUGUAAUAUGAAGCAGUUGAGGUGGUUUCUGGUUCGUAACAACCACUUUAUUGGAAGUAUGCCCUCUUGCCUGUCAAAUAGUCCCUCUUUGUCGAUUCUAGAUGCUGGUAUAAACAAUCUUUCAGGUAUCAUCUCAAACCAAUUACCAACCUUUCCUCAUUUAGGAGCUCUCCUCCUUGGAGGAAACCAAUUUGAAGGCCACAUUCCUAUGCAAUUGUGUCAAAUGAAAAACAUACAGUUCCUAGAUCUCUCAAACAACUUCUUCUUGGGGAACAUUCCACCUUGUCUCAAUAACAAUUUGGUGUGGAGGAGGAAGUUCCAAUCAAGUUCUUGGGUGCCAAUUGAUUUUACCACAAAAGGUAAUUCAUAUUCUUUCCAAGGUCUGCCACUCACUCUCAUGACAGGCAUUGACCUUUCGGCCAACCAUUUGUCCGGUAUUAUUCCCCCUGAAAUUGGUGAACUACAUGAACUCCAUUCACUAAAUUUCUCCCAUAAUCAUUUGACCGGCCUUAUUCCAACAUCCUUUGAAAACCUAACAAAUUUGGGAAGUUUAGACCUCUCCUACAACAAUCUAACCGGUAAAAUACCUCGGGAAAUUGGACAAAUCAAUUUCCUUUCUGUUUUCAGUGUUGCUUUCAAUAAUCUAUCAGGUAGGAUCCCUUUCGGUCAACAACUCUGCACAUUUACCGAACAUGCCUACAUAGGGAAUCCAAAUCUUUGUGGAGAACCAUUACAAAGACCAUGCUCACCUGAGCACCAAGAUCCUGAUGACAACAGUAAAGAUCAUAAAAAGGAAGAAAGGCACAUGGAGGAAGAUGGGAUCAUCGAUGAACCUCUGUUUUUCUAUUCUUGCGUGGCUAUUUCGUAUGUUUUGGGAUUCUGGAGUGUCGUUGCACCUCUUUUCAUCAGCAAAAGUUGGCAGAGAAGAUACUAUGCAGCAGUAGAUGAAUACAUUGACAUGUUCCUCCUGAAGCUCUAUUUGAUACAUGAUAUGCUAUUGUGUAUUUAUAGAAAUUGAAUGUUCUUUGGUAUUGAUAUACCUGUUGAAUGUAAUACGUACACAACUCUUUAAAUCUGCUAUAUAUAUAAUACCACUUGCUUAAGUAUCUUCCCAAAUUUUGUGCAUCCCUAGCUUACUUUGGAGAGCUUCUACAGGUUCUACCAAUGGUAUACCGUGUAAUCACUGCUAAAAUGACAGGUAACUAAUCAAUAGAAUUAAUAAUGUCCAAUGCUAAAGAGCCUCCUAUAUGCUCUUCCAAUCUACCACUGUAAAUGAACAAUAACUGAGGCCCGUACCAAUGAGACACCAUUUUUUCCCUUUUUUUGGAAUAGAACAACAACCGGAUCCCUCAGAGAAGAGUGAUGAUUGAAGGUGCAAAGCUGAAGGAGAGUUUUUCUUUUUUAGCAGGAUGAUAUUUUUAUAGCAGAACCAGUGUAGUAUUAAUUUGUUAAUCUCAUUUGCUUUACAAUAUAUUUGGGAUUGCUAAAAAAAAAAAGUUUCCCAUU